AUGUUACUCCAGUGUCGUGCCCCUAUCAAAGUAUACGGGGAUAUCCACGGGCAGUUCGUCGAUCUUAUGCGCUUAUUCUCUAGAUACAAGUGUCCAAGAGACGAUCCUACGGCAAACGGCGAUCUUGAUGCGAUGGAUUACCUAUUUUUGGGGGAUUACGUCGACAGAGGAAGCUUCAGCUUGGAAGUGGUACUAUUAGUAGAGCGGGGGUAGUUGAUAACCUUUCAAUUGCGCAACAUACAUGGCUGCGAUUUCCUCUCAGCCGAUCGAAGGAGGCCCUCCCUGGCGCAUAGCCACUCCCUCGGGAGAUGACGCCAGAGGGCUACUGGUCGAAGUUGGCCGCGUGUACUCAAGGGCGUCCCGCCUGAUUGCCCUGGGCCUCUCUUGGGCACUGCGAUGCAGAACCAGAACCAGUCGCGGGGAAGCUCCUGCGCUUGCUUUCGCGCCUGGCGACAUGCAGGAAAGAGAAGAAGCUGGCCGCCGAUGGUCCAGACGUGUGCGAUUCUCUCCCUGGUCUCGCUUUGGUUUCUAUCUUCCUAGGCUUGGCCAUGCAGAUGCAGGUAGGUGUUGCCUUUGCAUGUAGAUCGAUGCCAAAGGUUGACCUUCUCGGUUUUGCCGUCUUAGCCCCAUCGGCAUCGACAUCAAAAGAAGCGAAGUGGUUGCCUUUUGCCGCUCUUUUCCCAACUAGUCCCCAAAGCCUCCCGGGGUUUAUGUCCUCGAGCUCCUGACACUAGUGAGCUGCAAGAGCCGGGAGGGGGGGUUCGUACUUGUUGUUCCUGUGCUAAUUGUAUUUGGCCUCUUUGUUUCUCCCUCGAUGUGAAGGACAAGGGUGACCCCUGUAACCUGGCCUACCAAUCAUGCCAUCCUCCAUCAUUUCUUCACCUCAGAUAUGCCUCUUGCUAGCGUUGAAGAUAAAGCAUCCGUACCAAAUUCAUAUGAUCCGAGGGAAUCAUGAAGAUCCAACGAUCAAUGGAAUCUACGGCUUUCGAGAGGAGUGCCGAAGAAGACUGAAGUUACGCAUUCGCGACUUGAUAUUUGAUUUUUUAGCUGUUUCAAUGAUCAGCACCAGGACUUCUUAGAAUCAAUCUGACAUGCCGUCGACAACAUCCAUGGUAGAUUGAGUGUAGCAUCUUGAAUGGUGUUAAAAGUGAUCGUUUCAGCAUUCUACGUCGAGAGAGUCCCUAAGGUACUAGUAGAAUCAUCGAAGCUUCGUCUUUUCCACCUUCUAAGUAAUGAAGAUCCUGAGCAGCCUGAUAGUUGUUGGUACAUGUUCAACACGAUAUUUGAGUGGUUGCCAUGUGGAGCUGUAAUAGAAGGUCGGAUCCUCUGUAUCCAUGGAGGCAUUGGCGGCUCAAUCGAAAGUAUCUCAGAAAUAGCAGAGAUGCCGAGACCACUCAAAGUCGCUCAAAUUCCACAGGUACUUAUAUAUAUAAUAUAAUAAUGAUAAUGAUAAUAUAAUAAUAAUGAUAAUAUUCCCCAAAUAAUAAUGAUAAUAUAAUAAUUCAUAUAUAAUAAUGGCGACUUUCUCUUUAUGGCGUUAAGAGCUAUUUGUUAUGUCUAGAUUUUGAACAUGAAUCCUUCCAAUUCUUGAAAGAAUCGAUCGAGACGAAUAUCAGCGUCUCCCCUGACUUUUGUGCCCAUUUUUGCAAACCCUGAGAUGCCAAACCCUGACCCGACCGCGAUUUAGCCCUCCCUGGCAACCCUGAGAUUCCCUGGCUUUCCCCUUAAAACUCUGAGAGCCCUGGCCCUGGUUUUUGUGCCCCUUGUGGUUCUCCUUGCUCCCCCUUAAAACCCUGACGUCAGCCCUCGACUUUUGCCGAUCAUUAUUAAAGAUAGAAUUUUGAACAUGAAUCCAGACGAAUAUCAGCGUCUCACCAUAAUAUCACAGUGGUCUUUUCAUCUUUACCAUUGUCGCUUACCUCUCCACCACUUUAUCCAGAACGCUGCCGAGCAAAAAGUGACCGAUCUGCUGUGGUCGGAUCCAUCAGACUCCGACUCUGUCAAAGGUGUCACGAGUAAUGAGACACGAGAUCCGGAUGGAACGGGUAGAAUAGUCAAAUUUGGACCUGAUCGCGUGGAGGAAUUCCUUAGGAGGAAUAGCCCUCUCUCAAUGUUAAUCCGAGCGCACGAGUGCGUCAUGGAUGGGUUUGAGCGCUUCGCAAGCGGGAAGCUGAUCACGCUGUUCAGGUAUUUCAUGUGAUUCAAUUGGUAUGUAUCCAUAUGAUGAAGAUCAAGAUUUCUCAAUUAGUUGCAUGAUGUACAACGAACAUGCACAACGAAAGUAUAAAUAGGACGUAAAUGAUGAAACCCAAAGAGUUUCCACUCACCUCUUAUCCUUCUCAGUGCUACCGACUAUUGUGGCCACCACAAGAAUGCUGGGGCUUUGCUUUUUGUAAGAAGGGAUUUGACGAUAGUGCCAAAGCUGAUCUACCCUGAUGAGGGAAAGCACCGCACCGGAGAUAAUUGGGACAACAAGAUAACGAUGGUCCGACCACCGACGCCGCCCCGUCCAGUACCCCGCGCCCGCCGCAAUGACGGCGCUGGCGGUGGGGAUUGGUAGAUGAAUCUAGUAUGUAGUACCAGUAAUGGUGCAGUUCUAGGGCGGUACAGGUUACGUUGAUUGUAGUAGUUCCAACGUUUUCAUCUCACCAAGGAGUUUGUCCCUAACUUCUUCUUGAGAUCAUAUCUUCCUCUCCGAAGCCUGGCGGGGUUUACCCUUCUUUUUUGAUUACCUGUACUUGUAGGUCUCUACUACUAACUUGAAUUACCUACAGAAGAAGAUUGCACCUCUUCUACAGAGUUUUUAUUAAUCUCAAAUUGUCAUCUUGUACUUUUGCUACAUUCGAUCAUUUUCUCACUAAUCCAUCAGUGCUAUCACCAAAAUGACUUAGCUAUCUAAAACGAAAACUCACAUCUUACAAUUUAAAUUGAAAUCAAUUUGCUAUCUUCAGGAAAUAUUUUUGUAGGUUUAUUUGAACAUGACAGCACACGACUCAUGAUGUCAAUGUUGUGUGUCAUGAAGACAUUCAGUUGCAGAUGAUUAAGAUGAUUCGUUUAAGUUGUAUUGCUAUGCUGGUAUGACAUCAACAAGUUAAUGUCGGGCUAACGUUUCGAUCGAUGAAGAUAGCAAAAAUGAAAGAAAAGGGCAACAAAGCGAAGAUCCUUGUUUUCUUUAGCCUAAGGAGCAGGUGUAGGCUUGUGAAGGACACCAGAGCCUGCAGCUUGGAAGG